UAAACUUUGUACUGUUUCAGGUCAGUAUAGAACAAUCUACUGUCUAAACAUAUGCAUAUAUAUAUAUAUAUAUAUACAGAUAUAGAUAUACAUGUUUAUGUAAAUAAUAAGAGUCUUAUUUUACACUUCCUAUAGUUCUUUUUACAUUGAUAUUGUCAAUUAUAUCAAAUCAAAUCGAAUAUAAUAUGGAAUGUAAAAAAGCUGUUGUUAAAAAUGCUGAUAUGUCAGAUGAUAUGCAACAAUGUGCCGUUGAUAUAGCUGCUCAAGCAAUGAUUGAAUAUAAUAUUGAAAAAGAUAUUGCAGCUUAUAUUAAAAAACAUUUUGAUAAAAAUUAUGGUCCAACAUGGCAUUGUGUUGUUGGUAAAAAUUUUGGAAGUUACGUAACACAUGAAACCAAUAAUUUUAUUUAUUUCUACCUACAAAAUGUUGCGGUACAAUUGUUUAAAUCAGGAUAAAUAAUCAAUUAUACAAUUUAUAUAAUUCAAUGCACAUAUUCCUUUGUUUUCAAUGAGUAGAACUACAACAACAACAACAACAACAACAAUAAAAUAAAGAAAAAAGAUAAAAGUAGAAAAAGAAAAGAAAACAAAGGACAGUUUUAAUUCAUUCCGUAUACAUUAAUAUUGUUAAAUAAAUCAUUCAUAAACUUGUUGGUAUUUCAUAAUCAAAUUGAUAAUAGUUGAAUUCAUGAAUUGAUUAAAACUAGACCAUUAUGGGAAAGCUGAAAGCAUUAGAACGAUCGUUUCGUCCCCAGUAUAAGACUCUUCAGUAUUGAACAUCGAUGAUCCAGCUUGUUGUGUAAAUAAAAUAGUCUUUUAUAUUUAAAGUAAUUAGUCCAUUUUAUAAAUUUCGAUAGAACAAUGAGAAGACGGAGUUUAUCUGAAAAAUGUGUAUAGGAAACCAACCUGGACGGGACAAUACUUAACUUUCCAUAGUUUUUGUCUAUUGCAAUAGAAGCGAGGCCUGGUUAAGUGUCUCUUUAAGAGGACUCAAAGAAUUUGUAUUUCUGACACGGUGGAAAAAGAUGAAAAGUUACUGACUGACAUAUUAAUAGCAAAUGGUUAUCCACUAAAAUUUAUUAAUGGGUGCAAAAGUCAGUUAAUGCCCAGACCUAAUGUUUAUUUAGUUCCAAAGAAAAAAGUUUAUAUCAAUCUACCAUAUAGAGGCGAAUCCAACAGCAUAGUUUUAAGACCGAGAUUGAAAACAGACAUCGAGAAUACCUAUAUGCUGCUCAGUUGGUUGUGAUUGAAAAGUCCAUGAAAAGCCCAUGAUUCCUAAUAGACCCAAACAAUGCACUAACGAUUACGUCACAUCCCAUUGUAUUUACCAAUUUACAUGUCUGUGUGGAACACAUACAUAGGAAGGAGUAAUCGAACAAUGUAAUCAAGGGUCAAUGAACAUGUGCCUAGAUGGCUUCAAAAUCAAUGUGUGUCAAAUGAUUCGAUCAAUGUGGGAGGUAGGAAACCAGGUUCAUCGAUAGCGAAAUCUAUAAUUGAAACGGGGUACAAAAUUGACAUUAAUACAGCUUUUAGAACGUUGUAUAGAAAUUGUCAUAGACGAAUUCUUAAGUUUAUUGAAGCCUUGGCUACUCGUAAAUUUAAAG